GGUUUGCGUGACGAUAAACAGCGGAUACUCUGACGUAGUGUGAGAUUUUGUGAGAUUGAGUGUCUCCCACGCAAGCGGCACUGUGCACUUAAUUGGGAAGUUUUUUUUAUAAAAAAAUUCUAUCGUGAUGUUUUGACAUUGAGGGAUUCGCAGAACUAAUUGGACCAAACGAGUUGUAUUCAGUCUCGAAGUUGGUCCUAAAUUUAUUUUACAACAAUAAUGUGUUGGCGUGUAUUUAGAGGACGAGGGGGUGAAGGAGAUAUGUUUCUUUUUUAAAAGUGAUUGUCUCUCCGAACGCGAUUUCAAUUGUUCUAUCAGUCCCAGCAGCAAGGUUUUUUGUCAAGUAGAGUGCUUACACACAAGAAAGAAAGAAAGAAAAAGUUUGGUCUUCUCCGAGCUGAGAAUUGAGCUUUUUCAUUUUCUCACUGCGUCUGGUUCAGGCACCGUGUUUCCCUCAAAACCAAAUGCAUUUUUGUUGUGAAAGCAGCACAAUUGAUUGUAGUGAGCGUACAGUACGUGUUGGUUCCUGCUCACAAAAGGUAUCAAAACCACAUCCUUUUUAUUUUGUUUACUUUCUCUUUCUUUCUUUCUUUUGUUUAUUUUAUUAUUUGGGUUUGCUUCUUCGUUCACUGUCCCCUCCCGUUAUCUCUUUAUUAUUUUAUUAUUUUAUUAUUGCCCUUGCUGGCUAAGUGAGCGAGUAUAUAUACCGCAAGUCAAGCAACAAAAUAAAAAACUAAUGAUGACUUCGGA